AUGCUUCCAAUAUUUCUCUGUCUAUUGUUCUUGUUCUCUUUAGAAGUUAGUUCAACUUCAAAAAUUGUUCCAUUCGAAAAUUGGCAAUGUGGAUUUUCCCACAACGAUGCUAAAAAAUACACAUAUGGACAAAUUUUGCGAAAGUGUCCGAGUUUGUUGUGUGAGUUGAGACUUUGAAUUUAAUUUUAUGAAAAUUUAGAAUGAUUUUUUUAGUUGCCUACAAUCAAUGUUGUGCUGCUCUCUUUGAUUGUUAUAGACAACAACAUGAGCAAAGUUUUUGUGAUUCAGUAUAUUGUGGAUGUCUUAGGGUAAGCUUCAGAGAAUUCCAACUUUUGGAUAUUCUGCCACGUAAUAACGAUUAAAGACAUCUACCCAGUUGGAACGGUUUUCCCAAAAAUUCCAAAAUUUUAUUUUUAGCCCAAGAUAGUUUUGACCAAAAACACAUACAAGGAUAAUGCAAAUAUAUUUUAUAUUGGAGUACUGUAAACAGAAAAUAUGUUUUGUGUGUUUUUGUGCGUCGGCGUGUAUGUGUGUACCAGAAAUGAUUCCUCGUUCAAAGCGUUUUAAUUUAUUUAUUUUUUUCUGCGAAUUUUUCGAAUUGAACUUCGGGAAAAACAGGUAACAAAAGCUCAAGAGAAGAGCUAGUUAAUUGUUGAAACACCUUAAAACUCAUUUCCAGCUAGGUAGCUGUCAUUAAAAAUCCAUAACUUUUUUGAAAUUUGUUGAAAAACAAAAAAAUCAGAUGACUUUUUUCCACAUCAUAACUAUUCCCUUUUUCUCCAGACACACGCAUACAGAAUUCCGACCAAAGACAGUUUGAAUUGUGUAUCAGAAUUCAAGGAAACGUGCGUGGCUCGUGCUCUUCUUGGAUUUUGGGCUUAUAACGAUGCUCCAACAUGGUCAAAACAUCCUGAAAUUUAUCCGAUAUCGAUUCCUGAAUUCUCCGAAGAUUAUAUGUUUUUAUAUCAGACUUGUCCACAAAAUUCACAUUCCUUGUAUUCUUGUUCAGUUCAAUUUGACACUUGUGAAAAAAUCGAUGAGCUUGAGAUUUGUGCCAUUGAACUUUGUCACUGUAUUUUGGAUUUGGCGGAGAAAAGUUCGGAAAAAUGUGGAAAAGAGACGAACAAAUACUGUGAAAAACUGAUGAUUUGUGAGUUUAGAAGAGAGAAUUAAUUUUGGAAACUUAAUUAUUGCAGAUUCCUCAAAAACUAUGGAAAGUCGGCAAAAAUUCAAUGGAAUUAUAAUUUUUCUCGGAAGUUUUACAACUGUAUUCCUUAUUUCUGGAGCAAGUUUCUGGAUUUGGAAGAAGUUCAAGAAAAAUGAAGAAAUAAAAAAGGAUGAUAAUUUUGAAAUGUGUGAAUAA